CUAAACAUGGCUUCGCCUGGGUGCAUGGCCCAAGUCGUACACCUGUGACCGAUUCUCCACAAGGGCCGCGCUGGCUCCCCUAUGUAGUUGAAGAAACACAGAUACGUCUCAACUAUAGCUUACAUUGCGCCAAGCCUCUGUUUGUGCUCUUGCUGGACACCCCAUACCCGCCUUCUGCGGCGUCAGUGUAGGCCUGGACAUUAGGCUGGGCUGGCCCUAGGAUAGCUAUGUCUACUAGCUGGACGGCGCGGGCAAGCCGGAGGAGCGGGCUGGAGAGCUCUGUGACCAGAAGGCGCUCCGACCUGCGCUCGCUGCCGCCAGAGCUUCUACAGAGCAUACUGGCAUUAGUUGCGGACGGCGCGCCCGGCGCCCUUGCGAUUCUGCGCGGGGUAGACACGCAAUGGAUGGCGCUCGCGUCCGAGCUCGCAACCAGCCUCCGAGUCCCGCCCACCGCCGCGCCCUUCGACCUCGCGGCGCGUCUUCCUCACGUCUCCAGCCUAGCAAUUGUCUCUGACGAGCGCCAGCCGGCCUGUGCCUCCGAACUCGCGGCGCUGCUGGCCCAACUGGCGGGUCUGCCCGCCCUUCGCCACCUCACCGCGACCGACCUGCCUGCCGAGGCCGCGCAGGCGCUGUCCGGGGUUGUCGCGCUGAGCCGCCUCACCUGCCUCGACAUCUCCCGCUCCGACCUGCCCUCUGGAGAGCUCCCCGCGCCGCUGCUGCAGCUGCCGGCGCUGCAGGUGCUGCGUGCGGCCGAGUGCGGUCUGGGUCCUCGCCUGGCCGCCUCGGACGACUGCUUGCUUGGCCUGGCGCGCAGCCUACGCUCCCUGGACGUCAGCGGCAACAAGCUGCUGGCGCUGCCGCCCAGCCUGUCCGCACUCAGCGCCCUCACCUGCCUCAACGCAGCGGGCAACAAGCUGCAGGCCGGCGGCGAGGCGCUGCCAGGACUGGAGGCGCUGGCCGCACUCGCCGAGCUGGACAUCAGCGGAAACCAGGGUCUGGAGCUACUGCCGCCGGGUUUGUUUGCCGCGAGUGGUUUAACUCGGCUGGAUGCGGCGGACUGCGACUUGGCGGCGCUGGACGGCGAGCAGCUGGCGCGGCUGAGCGGCCUGCAGCAGCUGAGCCUCAGCGGCAACUGGCGACUUGGCGCGUGCCCCGCUGAGGUGUACGAGCUCCGCAGCCUCACACAGCUUGACCUGUCCGGCUGCGGCCUCAGUGGCCUGCCCGAGUCGCUUGGCGCCGCCACGCAGCUGCAGCAGCUGGCCCUCUCCUCCAACGACCUGCAGCAGCUGCCGGCCUGCCUUGCGCGCCUGACGCGGCUGCGCAACCUGGCCAUCGACUACAACAGCCUGUGCUCGCUGCCGGUCUGGCUGUCGUGCCUCACACAGCUCACGUCGCUGGACGCGGCAGGCAACGAGCUCACAGACCUGCCGCCGCAGAUGGCGCCCGCGCUGGGCGGCUUGCGGCUGCUGACGCUUGGGAGCAACGCGUUGCAGACGCUGCCUGCCUGCGUGAUGCAGUUGUCGGGGCUGCAGGAAUUGGACCUAUCCUGCAACCAGCUGUCAAACUUCCCCGUCGCCCUAUUCGGCACAAGCCAGCAGCAUCCGCCUUGCGCUGCGGGGGCUGCGGCGGCAAUGUCGUCGCUGCCGCGCCUCGACUUCCUGUCCAUCGCCGGAAACCGCCUGAGCUCGCUGCCCGCGGGCCUGGCCGCGCGCCUGCCACGUCUGACGUGGCUGGACGUCAGCGACAACCGCCUCACAGCAUUGCCGGCGGCCCUGGCGGCGCUCACCGGUCUGCAGGUGGUCAAGCUCAAAGGCAACUGCCUGCUGUCGCCUCGGCCACCCGCGUUUAAGCGGUGGCUCGCAAGGCUGCGGAGCUGCAGGCGAGCGGCGGCAGCGGCGGCAGCGGCGGCGGCGGCAGGCGGUGCAGCGGGCACUGCGCCACUGAACGCUGGCGGGUGCCCUUCAUCGUCUGCAGCAGCAGUAGCCAGUGGGCAGGCAGGGCCCAGUGGGCGUGCAGCCGCCAUGACAGCGGCAGGGGCAGGGGCGACGGCAGCUGGCGCAUGGAAGUCUCGUGCGGCGUUGGCACCAGCGCACCUUGACAGCGACGGCGGAGACGGAGAGGAGGACUGGAUGGACACGGAAAGCGGCUCCGGAGGCAGCAGCAGCGCGGAUGAGGACGACUUGGGAGAGGACGGCAGAGAAGAGGCGCCGGCCACACAAGCACCAAUAGGCGGGCCGUGGGUGGCUGCGCCAGCGGUGUUGACAGCUCCAGCCCUUGCGGCUGGCGGCGCGGCGGGUGCGGGUGGCGUGGAGGUCAUAGAGCUUGCGUCCGAUUCGGAUUCUGACAGCGAGGCCGGGGACGACGGCGACGGCGAGGGGGAUGCGGACGUGGCCUGGGAGGAUGACGAGAGCGGUGAGGGCAUUGAGGCGGGUGACGCAGAGGAGGAAGUGGAGGAAGAAGGGGAGGGCAGCGAGGAGGGGAGUGAGGCCGGUGACGACGGCAUGAGCGACGAUGAGGAGGCUGAGGAGGAGGAGCACGACGGGGAGGAGGGGGCCGCCGCGGCAGCGGAUGAUCUCGGGGCCGAGGGUUGGGAGCUGGAGCAGGGGCAAGAUGUGGAGGAGGAAGCAGAGGAGGAGCUGGAGGAGGUCCGCCGACCCAGGCCGGGUGACGUGGACUGGCCGUGGAGCGGGUGGGAGGAGGUGCAGGCUUGAGCGGUUGAACCUGACCCGCUUACUGCGCGCAAAAACACGUGUUGUUUCAGUAUCCGGGACCUACGGGCGGCGCUGCAGGCGCCAAACUGCUUGUACCAUAACGGUGGUUACUAUGUAGCAUGUACAGUAAUGUCAGGAGAGUGAGGAGCAGCGGGCACGUGAACGGCAGGAGUAAUCUUGUAUGAUGGCAUGUGCUAGGCAGUGACAGCAUUUGAGUGUGAGUGGUUGACUUGGGACUGGGGAAGAUUAUGGCGGUUGUCCACCUGCUGAACGCUGGUGGAGGCAUUAGCUGCAGGUACGACGGGGUUGCCGACGCUUACAUGUUUUAGAGACAAGCGUUUCCAUCAACCAUGCAUUUUGGUACCGUGCAAUGUGCGCGCGGCGGCUCUGCUGUCGUAGGGGAUAGCGAGAUACCUGCUGCUGCAGCACAGUUGUAAUGCCCCUGGACAGUGUACCUUGGCAGCUUCGGCGGACGUCCGUUAUGACGUUUGGUAUCCGCACUUCAAUGACUGUCUGUACGGACCAACUACGGUCUCAAACGUCUCAACGUUGCCCUGGGAAGCUGGGAAGUUGGCUGCAAGGAGGCGUUUCCGUUUCCUCAGCUCUGCGGUAGUAGGUCAGUGCGGAGCUUCCCCGUCCUUCAACCUUGC